AUGGUGGACGGAGGAGCAGUUUCCGCUGCAAAUAAAACCGAGUUCACAGAAUGCUGGAGGACAGCAUGGCAAACACCUUAUAUCAUGAGAUUAGCCCUCUCUGCAGGCAUUGGAGGCCUUCUCUUUGGCUAUGACACCGGUGUUAUUUCUGGUGCCCUCCUGUAUAUUCGAGAGGAUUUUAAAGCUGUAGAUAAAAAUACAUGGCAGCAGGAAACCAUUGUGAGCAUGGCUGUUGCAGGAGCGAUAGUAGGCGCUGCAGUAGGUGGAUGGAUUAAUGACAAGUAUGGGCGAAAAUUAUCGAUUUUGGUGGCCGAUUUUCUGUUCUUUGUUGGUGCAAUAAUUAUGGCAUUAUCUCCAGCUCCCUGGAUGAUCAUUUCUGGUAGAGUAUUUGUGGGAUUGGGAGUUGGAAUGGCUUCUAUGACUGCCCCUCUUUAUAUUUCAGAAGCUUCGCCUCACAGAAUCAGAGGUGCGCUUGUCAGUACAAAUGGGCUUCUCAUUACAGGAGGACAAUUUCUUUCUUAUCUUAUCAAUCUAGCUUUCACCCGUGUCAGUGGAACCUGGCGUUGGAUGCUCGGCGUUGCUGGUCUUCCUGCACUAGUUCAAUUUAUUUUGAUGUUAUCGCUCCCCGAGUCUCCAAGAUGGCUUUACAGAAAUGGUAAAGAAGAUGAGGCAAGGUCCAUCAUAGAAAAAAUAUAUCCAGCUGGCGAAGUUGAAGGCGAGAUGCAAGCCCUGAAAACAUCACUCGAGCAAGAGCAGGCCUUGGAAGGUUCACUUGGGGAAGGCAACAUCUUCCAGAAAGUGAAACAAGCCUGGGGUAAUGAUGUUGUUCGUAGGGGGCUAUAUGCUGGCAUUACAGUUCAGGUGGCUCAGCAGUUUGUGGGUAUUAAUACUGUCAUGUAUUAUAGUCCAACUAUAAUCCAGUUUGCAGGAUUUGCAUCAAAUAAGACAGCUUUGGCUCUUUCUCUUAUUACUUCUGGUCUAAAUGCCAUUGGAUCCUUAAUUAGCAUGGGUUUUGUGGAUAGGCACGGAAGGAGGAGACUUAUGAUCAUUUCUAUGAUUGGAAUUAUUACCUGCCUUGUGACGUUAUCUGCUGUGUUUUACCGAGCUUCUGCCACUUCCCCACAUAUCAGCAAUUUUGAGUCUGCACACUUCGGUGGAAACUCUACUUGCCCAAGUUACGUGAAUUCUGCAGAUGCAUCAUCUUGGAACUGCAUGACAUGUUUGCAGGAAGACAGCUGCGCAUAUUGCUCAAACGGAGCCAACAAAUAUGGUGCUGGAGCUUGUCUAGCUUCUACUGAUGCAAUAAAAGGUGCAUGCCGAUCCGAGAAUCGGAUAUGGUACACAAAGGGAUGUCCAAGCUCAAUUGGAAUCUGGGCAGUUUUACUCCUUGGACUGUAUAUCAUUGCAUACUCACCAGGAAUGGGAACUGUACCUUGGAUUGUAAAUUCCGAAAUCUAUCCAUUGAAGUACAGAGGCAUUGGUGGAGGAAUUGCUGCAGUCGCAAACUGGACAUCAAAUCUGAUAGUGAGCGAGACAUUUUUAACAUUAACCGAAGCUGUUGGCUCUGCCGGUACGUUCCUAUUGUUUGCCGGUUUCUCCUUCAUUGGACUAGUCGCCAUUUUCUUCCUCGUACCUGAAACUAAAGGAAUGCAGUUUGAGGAAGUGGAAAAGCUGUUACAGAAAGGAUACUCGCCCUUUAAGAAACAGAAUAGUGAGGACGAUGACAACACCAAUUAA